AUGCAGCCUGACGAGCUUGGUACUGUUUACAAACAGUACAAAGCCGAUACCAACUAUCUUGCAGGAUGGCUGGCUUCAACCGCUCGUGCGCAUGGGUACGGCCGGAAGUCUCAAAGCAGCAAGCCCCAUGUGAACAAGAAUCACAAAAAGCACAAAAAGCACAAAAAGCGCAAGGGUCGCUCCAAAGGCAGGGCAUUGCCAGAAGUAAACAUGGCUGAGGAAACCCAAGCACCAUCCAAGGAGCACAUCAUUGAUGUCAAGGAUUUUGUGCCCCUCGCAGAAUACGUUGUUGCCAUCAAUACGAAGCCCGCCGUCUCAGUCCCGGAAACUAUUGUUAUAGUUACCAGGCGAGUCAUCAAAGUCCGCAAAGACUUCGGCAGCCAACUGAGGGAACGUGGAUAUAAACUGGAUGAAGACUCAGAUCGCAGACACGCUCACUUUGUGACUAUUCUCGAGGAUGUCCUCCGCAUUCUGCGGCUCAAAGUGGCUUCUCGACAACAAGCCAAGGUCAACACUUCCUCCGACACCAAUCAAGCAGGCGGAAACCCAAUCGAAGGGUUUGUGCAUUUGUCUGUCGACGAGCCUUCUCAGGAGUUUCUUGAUGCGCCCGAUUUUGUCCACCCUGAGAUUGUGCACGAGAACGGCUCCAAGUAUGAGGCGAAGUUACAGUCAACCCGAGAUGAAGCGCUUUUCGCCUUGCAGACGGUAAUGGCGGAUGUCGAUGAAAUCAGGCGGUUCGUUCUAUUCGAAUGGACCAAGAUAGCCUCUUCGCAAUCUCCCACUUCCCAGUCUAUUUCAGUAGCAUCAAUCAUGACUGACACCGCAAUCGGCAUAGCAAGACACCUUGUGGAAGAAAUCGAUCCCCUUUUGGAAGAACACGGCGGGUGGCUGGAGCUUCUGAAAGAGCUGUACGUGUGUGAAUCGCGUCAGAGUCUGCAGGAUGACUCUUUCUCCCCUUUCGCUGGAAGAGAAAACCGUGGAAUCAUCUUGUGUUUUCCCGAAUGCGAACGCACAUUGAUACUUGCGUGGGAUAUUCUGAAAGCUCACCGCAAUGGUUUUGCCAGGAAGGACGUUUAUAUUAUAAACAACAACGUGUUGGAGCACCCCGAGUGGCAAACGGGGGCUGAGGAUUUCGAGGUAGCUUACGAUCUUGUCGGCUCUUUCAUGCUGGGCUUGAAACGUAUCGCCUUGAACGGUCGAAAGUGGCCCUUGGUGAUUGAUGAGUUCGUUCGGGGGCUGGUAGAGAUCUUCCGUACAAGGGAGAUACCGUUCUUCUCUCUGCUGGCAACACAACUCUUCAUCGACAUCAAUCGAACGAUGGGUUCAAAGUUCAGCGUGCCCUUCGACAACAUGAUUCGAGAGACGGGCGUUAUUCGCGAUACCAUUGAGCAAUAUCUCGAGUUUCAACAGUCUCGACCUUGGGCUGGCCUCAGCAACCAGGCCGAAGCCUCUCUUCACAAAUUGAGGAAAGACUUACAAGAACUAGCUUCGAUGGGCUCCGACGAAACCCCAAACCCGAACCCAGUCUCAAAUGCCUCUACCCCUGGAUUUCAUCUCUUGUUGCGAAGUUCGCCGGUUCUCUGCGGUUUAUUAUCGUCCACUGCCCACGUGCUCAUGCACCAGAUUGGGUUUCACAUAGCGGAGUUAGGGGGUAUGGUGACCCUAGCCGUCCACCUCUACAACGCAGUCCGUCAGGAGGGAUUGCUGAAAGCGCCAUGGGUUGAUCUCGACACGUGCAUAAACCUGCUGCAAUAUCCCAGCUUGUUUGUUGGAGGAGAACCGCCGAAGGAUCCGAACACGUAUUUUCAGAGACUCCUCCUGCAGGUGGGCGUAUCUGCUUCUGAGUUUUCCCGCGGAGCCCGUAAAUUUGAAGACAUGGAGUUGUCGAGCAAAGGUACUCGCAGGUGGCAUCCAGUUGCUCCUAUCCACCAAGUCUUCCGCAACAGAUACACUCGCAACGACCAGCCCAGAUGGACGGCCGAAUACAUCAAGACUGUGAUAGACCACGACCACUGGACUGCCCCCAAGGACCUUGGUAUCAAUGCCAAGAGGACGGCUUCACAGGAAAUCCCCGGCAUGGUUUGCAGGAUGAGUGCAGCGACGUUUCGGGAGAAGCAGAAACUCAUCAAGCGCCAAAAGCGAAACAAGGAAAAGGCUGAGCCGUUGCCCCUCACAACCCUCCUCGAAAUGCUCGAGAGGACCCUGUACUUUGAGAAGAUCGAGGCAUGUUUUUCCUACCUGAAGAUGCACCAACAAGCCUGGACCUUGCUCGAGAACUUCAAGAGGGCCUGCGAUCCCUGGGUGGCCCAAAUCCCUCGUCUCAACUACGGUGCUGAAGAACUCGACUUCUUAUUUCCCGUGCUCGCGCUACUUCGUCAUAUCAGAGCUCCUGGAUGCCAUGCGAUGCUAGUUGCCAACGUAAUCAACGAGUUCAAUGCGUCGCCAGAGAGCAGCAAAGCCCGUCAGUAUUUGCUUGACAGUUUGGGAAUCUAUGGCCGCCUGGAGUAUGGCCCGCAAGUCGGCCGAGGAGCCUUUCAAGUCAUCUUAACCAUAGAACAGAGGAUCCCAGAGGUUUCUGAUGCGGACGGUGAGCGUUGGCGUCGAUGGUGGGACACGGGAGUCUACUCCCCGAAGACUACCUAG